AUGGCGACUUCACAACGCGUUGUCAUCAUCGGCGCUGGCAUCGUCGGAACGAAUCUUGCAGAUGAACUGGUCUCGCGAGGAUGGAAGAACAUUACCGUCGUCGAGCAAGGUCCGUUGAGCAUGCCAGGCGGUUCGACCUCACACGCACCCGGCCUCGUAUUCCAAACAAACGCCUCGAAAACGAUGACCUUAUUCGCAAAAUACACAAUCGAGAAGUUUCUGGCGCUUGAACAAGAUGGCCAAAGCUGCUUCAACCAACUGGGUGGCCUCGAGAUAGCGACAACACCAGAGCGUCUUGAGGAUCUCAAGCGAAGGCAUGGAUAUGCUCAGUCUUGGGGAGUCGAGGCGCACCUCAUCGAUACCGACGAGUGCGUUAGGAGAUAUCCUCUUCUCAACAGAGAGAUUAUCUUGGGCGGCCUGUACAUUCCAAACGACGGGCUCGCGCUCGCAGCUCGAGCAACACAGUUACUCAUCGAACGCACUCGUAACGCUGGUGUGCGUUACCAUGAACACACGGUUGUCACAGGCAUUGAGAAGGACAACGGCCAUGUAACGGGCGUCACCACAAAUAACGGCACCAUUCCUGCAGACAUCAUCGUGUCGGCGGCUGGUUUCUGGGGCGUCGAAAUCGGAGCCAUGGUCGGAUUGAAGGUUCCUCUCUUGCCGCUUGCGCAUCAGUAUGCGAAAACUACAGCCGUUCCAGGUCUUGUCGGCCGCGAUGUCAACAAGAGAAUAAACGCAAUGAACGCCGAACUGCCGAUUUUGCGAUACCAGGACCAGGACUUGUACUACCGCGAGCACGGAGAGCAGUACGGUAUUGGAUACUAUGGCCAUCGACCUAUGCCGGUCGUUGCUGCGUCACUCGGCGUGACCCCGAAAGAGGUGGACGAUAAGCAUAUGCCAUCACGUCUCGAAUUUACCUCCGAAGAUUUUGAGCCUGCCUGGAAGGCAACGAAAGAGCUACUGCCUGCGCUACGGGAAACAGAAAUUGCUGAUGGCUUCAACGGUAUCUUCUCGUUUACUCCAGACGGCGGGUCCGUUGUUGGGCAAGCCCCCAACCUGGAUGGAUUUUGGGUCGCAGAAGCCGUUUGGGUGACACACUCAGCUGGUGUAGCACGAGCCGUGGCAGAGAUUCUGACAGAAGGCCGAUCAAGAAUCGAUAUUGCUGAAUGCGAUGUGAGUCGCUUCGAGGAGGUUCAGCUCAGCCCAGAAUACAUCAGCGAGACCUCCCAGCAGAAUUUCGUCGAGGUCUACGACAUAAUUCACCCCCUCGCCCCGAAAGAGUCACCGCGCAACCUACGUGUUAGCCCCUUCCACGCCCGGCAACGAGAGCAAGGUGCAUUCUUCCUCGAAGUAGGGGGUUGGGAACGGCCACACUGGUAUGAAGCGAAUACGGACUUGGUCAAGACUCUUCCAACAGGGUGGCGACAUGUCGAUCGAGACGCAUGGUCGUCAAAGUUUUACUCCCCAAUCGCCGCAGCCGAGGCCUGGAAAACGCGCAAUGCAGUCGCCAUGUACGACAUGUCCACGUUCCAUCGAUUUUCAGUCUCCGGACCAGGGGCUGUCCACUUGCUUCAACGGAUUACCACGAGCGAUGUUACCAAGCCAUCAGGCACCAUUACCCACACACUUCUCCUCAAUGCCCACGGUGGUAUUCUGAGCGACAUCUUUGUAUCGAGGCUAGAAGAUGAUUCGUUCCAAUUAGGUGCCAACACCUCUACCGAUCUCGCCUACCUCGCACGUGAGGCUCGCCGUCAAGAAAAACACACUCCUGGCCAAUGGGUACAGGUACGCGAUGUGACAGGCAGUACCUGCUGCCUCGGUCUGUGGGGUCCUCGAGCGCGAGAUGUUAUCCGCUCGAUAAGUUCCGAAGACUUUAGCAAUAAGGGACUCCCAUACAUGGGUGUGAAGCAGACAAGUAUCGCUGGAGUUCCUGUGACAAUGUUCCGGAAAUCAUAUGUCGGAGAGCACGGUUGGGAAAUUCAAACCACGCCAGAGUACGGGCAACGCCUGUGGGAUGUCCUUUGGCAAGCAGGCAAACCCCAAGGACUUGUUGCAGCUGGACGUGCUGCAUUCAACGGAUUGCGACUGGAGAAAGGAAUUCGAGCGUCGGGUAGUGAUAUGUCAUCCGAAUACAACCCGUACGAAGCCCGUGUCACCUACGCGGUUCAUAUGGACAAGAAGGAAGACUUUGUCGGCAAAGCUGCACUCCAGCGACUAUCCAAGCAGGCGCCCACACGGCAACUCAGAUGUCUGACUGUCGAUGAUGGUCGUUCCAUGAUCCUCGGCAAGGAGCCUGUCUUCCAUAACGGGCAGACUGUAGGCUAUGUCACCAAUGCUGCUUUUGGGUACACGGUCCGCAAGCCUGUUGCAUACGCAUGGUUACCAACCAAGGUACAGGAGGGCGACUCGGUCGAGAUUGAAUACUUUGGCAAGAGAAUCAAAGCCACGAUCACAGCGGACCCGCUGUACGAUCCGCAAGAGCAUCGUCUUCGCAAUGAUGGUCCAUCGAGCGAGCCUGAGCUGCAGAGGAGAUUAAAGUCGUUGCUGUAG